AUUCAAAUUUGACUUGGGAUAAACACGCGUCCAGCCACGAGUCGGGUCUGACGUUGCUUAGACCAAGCUGACAAUACCUUUGCCGCAAGUAACAUGUCGCCACCCCAUUGGUCCACGUUUCUAGGUCGGUUCGUGGAGCCCGCCGGAUCUUGCUUCAAGUUAUCGGGACUAAAAACCCGACCCGAACCCGGAGCUGAGCAAAAUCCACGAAGCCACGCAUGCCCAACGAGAACGCUCCACGUGGACAUAGUUUCGCGGCAAAUCCAACCCCCGUUUCUUAAAUUCGGAACUUGCCUUUCCCGAAAGGAAAAGAAGAAAACAGAUCUAGAAUUCGAUUUGGAUUCCAUGUUUCAUAAUUCCGACCGCUCCGAUCGUCGGAUUCUCACGUUUCCGGCGGUUCACCCGUGCGAGGCGAUUUCUCCGGCGACUCUUCUCACUUCCUUGAUCCAUCUCUGCCGCCACAUAUGCAAUUACCAAACCAAAUUCUUCGCAACCCAACGAAGAAACGGCCGCGAAGCAAUCCGACAAAUCGGCAUCCUCCAGAUAUUCUUCGAGGAGCUUCGCGACGUGUCGUCCGCUCUUCCAGAUUCGGCGGUUCUCUGUUUUUCCGAGAUUCACCUCAACUUCCAGAAAAUCCUCUUCCUCUUCGAAGAUUGCUCGCGUUCUAAUGCCAAGCUUUGGAUGUUAAUGAAGUCCCAAUUCGUCGCCACUCAAUUUUGGGUUCUAAUUCGGGCGCUCGCCACGGCUCUUGACGUUUUGCCGUUGAAUCAGAUUGAUGCGAGUGAUGAAGUGAAGGAAUUGGUUGAAUUGAUCGUUAAGCAAGCGAGAACUGCGAAAUUUGGACUCGAUAAAGACGACGAACGCACGAUGAAGCGUCUUCAAGCAAUUUUGCAGCAGUUCGAAAAGGGGAUUGAGCCGGAUUUGACCGCCAUUAAAAGGGUUCUUAAUUACCUCGAGAUUCGGAGGUGGAGUGAUUGCAAUGAAGAGAUUAAAUUCCUGGAGGAGGAGAUUAAUUUUCAGUAUUCCGAUUUGAAAGAGAGAGAUAUUCAGAUUUUGAGCAGUUUGGUGGGUUUCAUGAGUUAUAGCAGAGUGGCUCUGUUCGAAGCUCUGGAUUUUUGUGACCGGAAUCAGGCGGAGCUCCGGUGCAAUCCAGAGACUGUUAGUUGCUUAAACCCAGAAGAUUUUCGAUGCCCGAUUUCUCUGGAGCUAAUGACUGAUCCUGUUACUGUAUCCACUGGCCAGACUUACGAUCGAGCUUCGAUUCAGAAAUGGCUCGCCGCCGGGAAUUUGAUCUGCCCCAAAACAGGGGAGCGGCUGACGAGUCCAGAGCUGGUUCCGAAUUCGAGUCUUAGGAAGCUAAUUAAUCAAUUUUGUGCUGAUAAUGGGAUUUCUCUUGCGAAAUUCAGCGGUAGAAGCCAUGAUAUAACGCGAACUAUAAUUCCCGGCAGUCCGGCCGCCGCGGAAGCCAUGAAAUUCGCGGCGGAGUUUCUUCUCCGGCGGUUGGUUUUCGGAACGAGUGCGGAGAAAAAUAAGGCGGCGUAUGAGAUUCGUCUGCUGGCGAAAUCCAACAUCUUCAAUCGGUCUUGUUUGAUAAAAGCAGGGACAAUUCCGCCAUUACUAAAUCUUCUCUCCUCUACGGACAAACCCACACAGGAAAACGCCAUUGCUGCUAUUUUGAAGCUUUCGAAGCAUUCCACCGGGAAGAUUUUGGUCGUGGAAAGUGGGGGAUUAGAUCCAAUUCUCUCUGUUCUGAAGUCUGGGUUUUGUUUGGAAGCUCGUCAAUUAGCAGCCGCCACAUUGUUUUACCUGUCGUCAGUCAAGGAAUACCGGAAAUUGAUCGGAGAAAACACGGAGUCGAUUACAGGACUCGUCGAGCUCAUCAAAGAGGGGACAAUUUGUGGGAAAAAGAACGCAGUGGUCGCCAUUUUCGGGCUCUUACUCUACCCGAAGAACAACAGAAGGGUCAUAAAUUCCGGCAUAAUCCCGGUGCUAAUUGAUAUAAUCGCCUCCUCCGACAAUGGCGAGCUAAUUUCCGAUUCGCUCGCAGUAAUCGCAGCCUUGGCCGAGAGUUCAGAAGGAGCCAAUGCAAUUCUAGAAUUCUCUGCUCUGCCUCUGCUUAUUAGAACUCUGCA